AUGCGUCUGGCGAUCGAUGAAGAUAAUACCGGCGAUACCGUCGAGAACAUCAUCUUUGACGAUGGUCAUCGUAAUCCUACAGCGCAGUCUAAGAUCCAGCAGAAGUAUUGCCGCGAGACGCUCAAGCUCCCUACACGCCCGUCACAUAUGACAGCAGGUUUCCGUGGUAAUUUAUCCUCUGCCUAUCUCCGAGACUAUGGGCGGAACGUACACCAUAUGGGAACCAGUGUCGUCGAGUGGUGGAAGAAGUUCUCGUUUGAUGCCAAUAAUAAGAGGACUACUUUUGGACGAGGUGACUUCAUCCAGGUCCGUGGUACCACCCUUAAGGUAUGCGGUAUCGACGAUAUCUUCACGCAUGAAGCGCUGCCCGGCUAUAAGCGCCUGUUCCUCAUCCUGACGCCCACCUUGCAACCCACCGAACGUGUCGAUCCUGCGCCUACCUCACAACACACCGGAUGCGUCAAUCCUGUAUCGACCUCGCAAGCCACCGGACGUAUUGACCCUAUUCUCAAGCUCCCUCUCCUGCGUAUUGAAGGCGAGGAGCAGCAGUUCUUCGUCGGCCUUCCUGCUAUCGAAGCUACCAAGCUCUUUAUCCUCCCCGUCAAGGAACACGACGGACAUGACAAUGAGAUACCGUUGGACAAGGAUUCGGACACGCUGCUAUAUGUAAACUGGAGCAAGAUCCACUUUAUGUAG